AUGACGAGCAGUUCAGCUUUAAGCAACUAUUAUGUGGACUCUAUAAUGGGGCACGAGCCGGAGGACGUGUACGCAGCGCGUUGUGUUCAGAGCUCCAAUUCGGCGACCAUAAGGCCGUCAGGUGUAGAGGAAAAUACGGAUUUUAAUGCGUGUAGCUUCGCUCCCAAGACAACCAUGUUCCCCACAUCCUGGUCAUCUGUUCAUCAGCCGUCCACGGUGUCCGGAAUUUAUCAUCCGUACAUUCACCAGUCUCAUACUUCAUGUGCAGACAACAGAUACGUGCGCUCUUGGGUUGAUCCGAUCUCAAACCACUUCUCUUUUUCUGGCUUCCAUUCGAGCAGUCGCCAGUACGGGACAAAGACGGAAAAUUUGCCGCCGAAAAGAACUGAAGGUUCGGAGUGUGGCCCAGAUUCCUCAGCGACCCCUGACUACAGCUGCAGUGCGUUGGUAGAGUGCGCACAAAAAACUACCAAAGAAACGACUGGCAACGAUUUUUCGAACCAAAGCGAACCAAAAGACGAAAAACAUCCACAACUUGACUCAAGCAACCCAGCUGCAAACUGGAUUCAUGCACGUUCAACGAGAAAGAAGCGAUGUCCGUACACAAAAUACCAGACACUGGAACUGGAGAAGGAAUUUCUUUAUAACAUGUAUCUAACGAGAGAUCGUCGUUACGAAGUUGCACGAAUUCUUAAUUUGACAGAGAGGCAAGUGAAGAUUUGGUUUCAAAAUAGAAGAAUGAAAAUGAAAAAGAUGAACAGAGAAAGGGGUAGCCAAGAGCUUCAAUAAAUAACUGCGGACAGUAUCGCUUCGUGUCCUCUCUGUAUAUGGGGAAUAUGUAACAUUUACAUACAGGUUGUUUAGGGCCUCAUUGGAUAUUUUUUUUCAAAACCCCAUGGA